GAAGUUUCUGAUGUAAGUGACGCAGUGUCAGAAGCCGGAAGAGCUUAUGACGUAGAACAGUGCAGCUGUGGAACAGGUUAUACUGGUUUAUCCUGUGAGCGUUGUGCAAGUGGUUAUCACAGAGUGAAUGUGUCAAGUGACAUGUAUCUUGGCAAGUGUGAGCCAUGUAACUGUAAUGGUCACACUCGGGACUGUGACUCUGCUACAGGACAAUGCUUGAAUUGUGCUCACAACACUACUGGCUUUCACUGCGAGAUCUGUUUGGAUGGUUUCUAUGGUAACGCCACUGACGGAACACCUGGUGACUGCAAGAAAUGUCCAUGUGAAAGUCCACGAACCACAACUGCACUGUGUAAAGCUGGUGCUGAUGGUCAGCCAAGAUGUCUUAACUGCUCUGAGGGAUACGAGGGAGACAUUUGUGGAAGUUGUGAGUUAGGGUUCUUUGGUGAACCUCUGACUCCAGGAGGAAACUGCUCCAGAUGUCGUUGUAACAACAACUCAGAUGUCUGCAACAGAACAACAGGAGAAUGUAUCAACUGUCAGCAUAACACAACUGGUUUUUACUGUGAACGCUGUGAGAAUGGAACAUGGGGGAAUGCUACUGAACAACAAUGUCAAGCUUGUGUCUGUGAUGGAAUCGGUGCACAUCACAAUGUGUGUAAUCACGUGACUGGACAGUGUGCUUGCAAGCCCCACGUGACAGGACUGAAUUGUUCCAGAUGUGAGCCUUACAGCUAUAACUUCACUUCAAGUGGCUGUACGCCUUGUGAAUGUAACAGAUUUGGAUCAGGUUCUCUUCAGUGUAAUGAGUCGGGCAUCUGUGAGUGCAAGAACCACACUCUUGGCGAGAAGUGUGACUUGUGUCAGUGGGGAUUCUUUGGUCUUCCUAAUGCCACCUGUCAAGCGUGUAACUGCAAUGAGACUGGCUCAAACAAUUUUACACGAUGUGACCGUGCGUCUGGACAGUGUGACUGCAAGCCUGGCGUGACCAGUAGAACGUGUGACCGUUGCAUGUUACAGCACACUAACUUCUCAGGGAAUGGCUGUGAUCCAUGCCCACUUUGUACCAGGCUUGGUUUACAAGCCCAGUUGAAUACAACACUGACGACGUUGAACGAUGCCCAAGAAACUGCUGAUACGGUUUCCAACCUUGAAGAGUUAUGGCCAGAGUUGAUUAAUGUGGAGGGCCUUAUCACUGAAGCACAGGCAUCCUCGGCAGAAUUUGACACGCUAGUGAAAGGACUUCAGGCGAACAUUACCCAGCUAAAGGAGAAUACUCCAAACGAGACUGUUAGUGAACUGCAAGUGUUGUUGUCGGACACAUCACAACAGGGUGAGAAUUUGACAGCGCUUGUUUCUCGUGAGCUGAGCCGCAUUGAAGAUCUAAAUAGAAACACUCAGUCUUCAAAGGAUAAUGUAACAGCAUUAAAUGCUACAGUUGCUGACAUAUUGAGUCAACUGACGACACUACGGAGUGACGCCGACAACGUGUUAGCUGGUAUUAAUGGAAUCCUGAGCAGGACGUAUGACAGCGAAAUGCAGGCAGUUAACGAGGAGGUACAGAAUGUACAGGCGGCUUCUUCCUUGGCCAUGUCGGCACAGUACAAUGUUACAUCUCACAAGAACACCUCAGUAGACCUCAACAGGACUGCACUGGGAGCAGAAGAA